AUGAAGUUUCAUGCCAAUGCUCUUAUGGCCAAGUUCUGUAUAAGAUCACGCUUUUUGCCAGCCCAGUGCCUCCUGUCUCUUUUGCACCGUCAUCAUACCAUCUAUUCUUCACUUGUCUCUUUGGGAAAAACCCAUCUUCUGUCCAAUCUCCCUCCAACACUCAAACUUCGAAGCCCUAGUGCUGUAAAAAAUCAUUUUGAAAGCAUUAGAGAAGCUGGAUUUGCAAUCUUUCUCCAGUCCAAUACGCAAGUUCUCAUUCAAGCAUGCCGCCCAGUUCUUGGAGUUGAUCCAAUCUUGUUUUUGCCAGCCUCACGUAUGGAACGUGACAAUCACACCUCACGCCGCCAUUUGUUGGAUUGCCCACUUGUUCCUGUGGCACUAUUUGAACAGUUGCCUCAACCUGACCAAGAUCAGAUACACAGAAUUGAUUUUGCUAUCACAUCCUUGCCUUUGUCAUCUCAAGAACUGUGA